GUGAGCCAAACAGAUCACUCUCAGGCACAAGCACUCCCACACAACACUCCCCACCCCUGCAACCCACUUGUUCUCUUUAGUUAACUUCCUGCUUCUCUGAGGCAUACCUGCCAGUGAAGGAACUGAGAGGAGAAAAGAAAGAUGAGAAAGUACCUAAUCAUGGAGAAAUGAAGCUUUGGAUUCAGUGCUUGAAGAAUUCAGACUCUAAUUUCCCAGGCCAGGCUGGUAUAAAGGCGAUCUUCACGUAGUUUGCUACCUUCUCAUAUUUAUUAGUCACUAGUGUUUUUACACCACCCUCAUAAGGAUGUGAGAAGACUGGAGGGAGGGGACAAGACCUUUUGCUGGUUUCUCUUCUUUCGGCGAGAGAGAGGGAAGAACAGAAUCCAAGGAACUUGAAAACAGUUUUUUUGGGAUGUCUACGAGCAGCAAGAAUGGGAUGAAAACAGAAAGCAAGGGGACACAGCAGGUACCAGCUCUGGAAGGCUUUAUUUGACGUCUGUUCCUCCAGCUAUCCAGCCUUUCCCCCUCUGUCUGCCAUUGCCAUCCAUAACACCAUGUGGCUAGAGUCACAUUGGAGGAACAUCCGCCAGACUCUGUUACUUCUCUUCACUGCUGCACUUCUCAUUGGGGUCACAAUGUUGGCUGUUUCCUCUAACAUCAACCCAGUAGGAUACUUCUUCCUGGGGGUGGGAGGCUUUUGCCUCAUUGGCUACUUGCUGAGUGUAUUUGCAGAGUGUUACGUGAAACAUCAGCAGACACAGAAUGCAAAUCUGGCAGCUCCAAGGAUGCAGAGCCAGGCAGGGGUGAAUAAUGCUUAUGAAGCUCCCACAUAUGAGGAAGUGAUGAGUAUGCCAAACCCAACAAUUUGGACAAUCACUUCCAAUGCAGGCACAGUGUCUUCACCAGUGGGUGAUCCCCCGCCGUACAGUGUGGUUAUAGAGUCACCUGCCCUGGCUGAGGCUGUGGUGGAGACCUUCAGUGUCUCAGUGGCAUCAGGCACUAGGCAUUUCUCUGAGGCAGAUGCAGGAUCCAGGCUGCGCCUUCGGUUGGUAUUGCCCCCAAGGCUGCAGCGGUUUUCUUCAGAUAUCCAUGAAGUCAAAGGUGCUGAAGACAGUGUGGAACCCUUGGAGCCACUUACACCACCCCCUGCUUAUGACAGUGAUACUGAAGAUGAGGUCUUUGAAGAAACUGUGGAACCUGCAAGACUAUGACUAAUUUAAAAAAUACCAGAUGUCAUGGAUUCAAUACAAAACCCACCACAGUGCAUCAGUACACAGGAGAAAAAACCUCAGUAUAGCAAGCUGUGGAAACAGUCAAGGGCCUGCAGUGGUGAAUGUUAAAGCCACAACUGACCUUUGAGGUGUUUGGUGUCUGGGGUUGCAGAUGAGUCAUAUGAAAGGAGGAUAAGGCACACCCCCACCCCAGUGCUACCCACAUUUGCAUAUCUCAACAGAUACCCUACCCAAGCCAUUUCUGUCCUACAUAUAUCAACACCACUGUCUAUUUCUUACACACAAGCCCACCCCAUCCACUGUGACAGAUGUGCAGAAAUUACCCUCUUUCACUUACACAAAUGCAUAGGCACACAUUAUUAAUUUAAGUCAGCUCAAUGCAAUGAGAUUUCAUCGGGAGGACAAGCUUUGUAAGGGGGCGAAGAACUUUAG